AUGCAAAUGGAAUCAUGGCGACAACGAGGAUAUGUCCCUGACUCGGACGAGGAAGACGGCUUCGAUUCUUUAGAUGCGAAGAAUGGCAAUGCCGAAAAUAGUCCCGUGGUCGAGAAUAUCGAAUAUAUCGACAACCCUUCAUCGUCACCGAAGGAAGGGGCGACGAGUGUAACGAAGAAACAACGCGAGUACGUUCGGGCUGAGAAUGGCUCUAUCACACUCUCAGAUACAGAGGAGGUAGUUCGUCGACACACGAAUCGAACAAGUCCCCACCUCACAAAUGUUGCGCAUGACGAAACGACACCAAACCCAAGAAGAGGGCGCAAGACUUACGGACUUCGAUCAUCGGCUACGAAAUCAACGAAACACCGCAACAGCGAGCUGCACAUUACCAAUGCAUUCGUGAAUAAUACCACCAGCAUAUACGAUUUUCCAACGUCAUCACAGGAACAUGACAGGCCUCAAUCGAAGCCCUCGAGCCGCGAGUCCACCCCGAAGGCCUUGAAGCCUGUACGGUCGUCCCAAUCACAAGAUGCAACAUCAAGCACUCGGAGCUCCUCGCCUGACGAGCUGGCGUUGACCCCUCAGCCAACUCGGAAGAAAAACACCGCGGCCGAGUGUGUCCAACCAAUAGAGGCGCCACCACUACCACCACCACUACCACCACAGGAGGCUUCGGAAGAUGACUCCCCAUUAUCUUCUUUACCAUCAUCCUUUGGUUCUCCGUCGGCCAAUGAUUCCACAGAGAUACACGCAGAUGGUAUGAUGGAGGCAGAAGCAGAAACGCUGAUAGAUAAGGAGGCAGAUCUACCGCAAACAGUGCUCGUUGAACUAGAUGCCAACCCAGAUGAUGUCUUACCCCACCUUGAUAUCCCCGAAGAAGUAUUUCGAGGAUUGCCGCAUGCCGCGCAAAGAACAUUUCGAAAGCGCAAUGCCAUCCAAAUGCACCCGUAUCAUCUGGAACAGCUCAAAUUUGCGCAGCAACUACAGGCGCGGGGCGUCAAGCCUUUUGGCCGACCGCCACAGGAAAGAAAGCAGGUUACCGAUGAAAGUCAAGGGCAAGAUUCAUAUGAUCCCGAUGCACCUCCAUCAAGUCCUCCCUUGGAAGAGUAUCUUCCGCCAGUAAGACAUGAACGGCAUCGUGGCCCACAAUCUGCCACGCAAAGACGGGAACACCAUGACUCAGAGCAUACUCAGCCAUCGCAAGCUCGUCUGGCAAAGCGCCAGAAGACAUCUCAUUCCGGGACUCCCAAAGAACGUCAUAAUCUACACAAACCGUCCAAACCUCGUGGUGUUAGGGACAGAAAUACACCUACUAAAAAUCAGAACGCUGUCUCCAUCUAUGACUUGUCGUCUAGUCCACCCCACACAAGCCGUUUAUCAUCUACCUCAAGAACCCCUCGUGCCUCGGAAGGAGGGUUUCGGUUCCCUCGUGGGUGGUCGCCACCGGGAGAAAUUGCAAAGUCCAGGGCACAGGAAAUACAAGAAGCUGGCCAGGUUCAAUCAGCUGGUGCGGGUACCGAUAAUGAGGGGGAAGUACAGUCCAUCUCGUCUAACAGUCAGAGUGAUCAGGAAGAAACCAAGUCAGAUGCUGAAGAACGUGAAAUUCGACGAUUCCAACGAAUGAUCCGUGGAGCGCUCCCUGCGUCACAUGCUCGGCUGAAUCAGAAGAACGACAAAGAAAAAUCCUUGAAAUUAGACCGCCAUGCUUCUUCGCAACGACCGGAUGGAAAGGGUGUUGCGCGGAAGCUCAUUCGAAGGGGUGAUCGCUCAAAGCAACCAGCAACGCAACAGGCAAGAGGCUUGUUUGAUCUUGGAGAUUCCGAUUCGGACGACGAGGACAAUCGAAAUGAUGCUCUAGGAAAUGCCUCUGUAGCCAAUGAAUCCAGCCAGAUGUUGACUGGCACUCUUAGCCUCGAAGAUCCCUUCGCGCUGGAAGGGGGUGAUAUCUCCGAGGAUAACCGCAUCGACUACAUGUCUGCACCUGUUCUGCGCAACCCAACAGGUUCUCGGCACAAAAGGAACAGUUUAAAAAGGCCGAAAUCGAAACAAAGUUUGCCCAAUGGGGAGAGACAGCCGAAGAGACCUCGUCAAACCCGAAUGACCGAUGCCUCGUAUAGAGCACGAAGGACCAAGAAACCCUCUGCUGUCCAGCGACCACGAAUAGGAAUACUGGAUGCGCCAGAUGUUGCUACGAAGCCUCUCAAAGAGCAAUCGCGACUGCUCAGGGUAGCGACAAGACGACCACGCUCACGUAAAGAUGGAGGCAGGCAGAGCCCUACUCAGAAGUUCUUGAAAUUGGCCUCUAGGGAGGACACAGUGGAUGCAAAUGAGUCUUUGCGAGAAUGGAAAAGGGGAGCCAUUCAGCAAGCCAGGAUUAGCCCGCCGCGUUCCAGAGCUCCUGAAAACCGGCAUUGGACAACGAAUCUUUCGAUUCUCAGUGCUCGAGCUAAAUCGAAUGCUAAAAACGGCCGGAUACAAUUCCUCGAUGCAGAGGCAGACACUGGUUUUUCGAGCACAAACACAGUGGAACCUGAACGGGUACAGGCACCACCCGAAUCUAGCGCAGUGUCAGUCCCACCGAACCAACCCCCAGUGGCCGUGUCCUCGGCGCGUCGAAAACCAGAGCAGCACGGUCACACAUGGAUUAUUCCUAGGAACGUGGCUAUAACAUCUUUGAAGAGGAACACCGUUAGGCCUGCGGCAACCAGUUUGGCAGGCCCUGGUAGAAACCAGAAAAUGGUACCCGCCAUGUUCAACCAGUCAUUGUCUCUUCUUAAUCGACACUAUAAAAACCAGCGCACAUCUAAACCUUACAAGCCCAGCUUGACCUUGGAUCGAUAUGUUUCCGACAGUAGAUCAUUGAGUACUGGAGGCAAUUCCUCGCCCAUGAAUGCUUCUGUUGCUGCUGCCGCCGCUACCGUCUCGGCUGAAGCAAAAACCCAAACGCCAACCCCCAAAGCCUCUGUAUCUCGACGGCGGUUGAAGAAGCACCCCCCCAAACGAAUCAAUCUCGAUGCCGACGAAUUCCGUCAGAAUCCAGAUCCUGCUACCAUAGUCUCCGAUGACUUGGAACCUCCUAUCAUGACGCACACUGGAGAUGUACGUCCCCCAUCGUUCGGUGUCGCCGGGCUUUUCAACUGGCAACGCUUCUAUCCGGUCGACUUCGGAGUACCAUCCCUACGUGACAAUACAUUUUUCCAUGGAAGUACAUUCAUAGGAAGCGGAGAAUUUUCUCGUUCGUUGCAAAUCACAGGAAGGGACUUCGAUGGGGAUGCCGCUUCAUUCUCCAUUCAGCUCAGAGACGAGACAUUCCAAUGGAGUCGGUGGAACGAUACAGUAUCAUCAGAGAUCGGGCAGGUUUUUGAUGUGAUUAUCGAUAAUGUUGAGCGAAGUGCUGUCACCUCCCCAGAGACAGGUAUUACGGCUGCUCUCGGUGUGGCGUCGAGGUUAUACAGAUUGUUGAUCAAAUACAUCACGGAAAAUCUGGUUUUCACCGACCCAGUUGAUCGUACAGAGUUUGUCACCAGAGCGAUGGGGCUAGUCUCCCAGGUGAGAGACCCGUUGGCUGCCUUUCUGACUAGCGAUGAAUACAACAAGAGCGGGCUCGUCAAGAUUGCAUGUUUCAACAUGGUUUUCUCCAACCAGAUCUACCAAGUUGCUUCUCACCGGCUCGUUAGCCCUGCCAUUGCAACCGAAGCUUUGGAUAUUGUCAAAAUAUCCGCUAAGGAUGUUGCAGGCUUGAUCGCAUCGAAAGUCGGUUCUUCUGAGUUUAAAACAUUGCUUAAGCAAAUCAACCAGCCUGAACACCGCGAGUCGGGAAUUCGCGAUGAGUAUCCUUCGGCGGAGGCUUAUGUCAUCACCAAACAUCUUCUACGCAGUUCAGAGAACUACAAGGGCUGCUUUGAAGAUAACCAGCUCGAGACUUUCAACAACAAAAUCAUUCGCAAUGAAAGGGAUGUGGGUAGCCUGGAGGCUGGAUGGCAUGGCAUGUUUACGGUCUUGCCGCUCAACGAAAUAGAUCCGCUUGGGAUUGCACGUCCUGGUUACCAGUUGACAGCUGCCAAUGACAAUUGGAUAUUAGCCAAACGCCUUCUCGCCCCAGCCCUCGACCAUUUCGAGUCUGACUCCAAGGCACAACCCAUUUCAUACAACAUCUACUGUCGAACCUUGUUCCUCAGAUGUCAUCGGCUUAUUAAUUCUUGGGGUUGGAGAGAAUGCAAACCUAUCCUGGAUACAUUAUUCGACUUCUUCGCUAAGAAUACCCUCCACAACCUGAAACUCGAAGAAGCUCGGGGCUCACCUUCAUUCCUUGACGAACUUGAUAACAAUCCUUCUCUGGAUGCCCGAGUGGGAGAACCGUGUUUCCACACAUUUCUCAAGAUCGUAGCAAGUGGUCUCCGCUUCUUGGCGAAGAGAUAUGACAAGAAAAAGAUUCGAAACUUUGCCUGGCGUCUUUUACCCAACCAUGGCCGUGUCUACCCGAAAGAACAGCCAUUGCAGCACGAAGACCUUGAGGCACUAAGAAAUCAUCACGAUCUUCUCAGCACCCUGUACUGGGCUGUUCCUGAUGGGUGUCGCCCUCGACUGGAGACGAUACGCAAUCUGGUCCAUCCUGCCACUUCACAUCGUGAAGCGUGCAGCAUCAAUUUGCGGUCAUGGUCUAGGCUUGUUCGAUUCAAGCUUUCUACCGAUGAGGAGGUUUCGGGGCUCGAUCCGUUUGGAGACUGGUAUGGUUAUUUCGUUACGGAAUUGCAGCAACAGCAUUCAUAUGCUCGCAAAGAGAUUGAGGCUCAAAAUACCGGCGACAAUCGGGUUUCUCAGCAGGUUGUUGAACGCACAAUCUCCCAGAACCAGCGGCAGGUGGAGACUUUGUUGAGCAAUGCGCUUACCGGGCUGCGGAUUGCUGUACAGCUAGCUCCGAAAAUGGAGCAUGCACGCAGGCUUGUUUUGAGAACCCCUUUCGAGUCUCUUCUUGCACUUUUCAACCCGAAGCUCCCGCGCGUGAAUGUCGUUGUAUCUGAGGCUCUGCAGGUCCUAGUGGCGUACACCCAAAAAGAUUUUCUAGUUACAUCCACAUCGAGUGCUCCUGCGGCAAUGAAUACUGAUGAGGACAGCCAGGAGUUCGGUGACUGGGAUGCCAUUCAAGCUGUCUGGGACCAGCAAAGUUCCCCUGGUGAAGGUAUUGAACAUGUGGAGAAGGCUUUUCAUCCGAUUGUCUCUCGUCUUGUUUCCAACUGCUUUGGCGAGGACCACUGUCCCGAGGAUAUAAUCCUUCUCAACGUAGUAGAAUGCUGGACGUCAAUCGCUCAGGUUCUCAUUCGCCAUGGCCUCCGAAACUGGGACAAUUAUCUGAGCGAGUUCGGUGAUGAUUCAUGGACGCGGCUUCGACAGACAGUUCAGACAAGGAAGUUUGCACCGCUGUUUCUUGCGACAUGUAUCGAAAAGGACGCGCAUAUUGUUUCUGAUUGCCGAAUCCAAGUUAUGAGUAUGUGGAUGUCGUCGCUGGUCGAGCGUUCCUCGAUGUUGAAGUUCCAACAUCGUCUGACGGAGGCGCUAUUGAAUGGAAGUCCCACAGAUCCCUUGCUUGCCAAUCUUCCGUUCUCCAAGGAUAGGAAGAUUGGCCGGUAUACAAUCACAUUGGAGGAAAUUGGUUCUCGGCGCCUAUCUCUCCUCUCAAGCCUAUCGUCUAAUAUGCGUGAGCAGCUCUAUGGUAUGGAACUUUCUGGCAAUCGGAAUUUCUCCGUGACAAAACAGGAGUACUCCGAGAUGCUUCAGCGGGUGAUGACUUCCAUGAAAAGCAACUAUCAAGAGCUAGGGAAUGGAACAGCGCAGACAGCUCAAGGAGAAUACGUCGAAUUCGUUCAACGCGUGAUCGGUUUCCUUCAGCAACAUACCAGCGAUAUCAAACCCAUCGACCCCUUCUUUACGGACCCUGCUUCGUUCCCUUUGCCGUCUACCGACCCUCGCUACAUCGUUGCGAAGCUCAAACGCUACGAGUCGAAGUUAUCUUCCAGCAAAGAGAUCCAGACCUUGACCGGGUUUGUCCAGAGCAUUUCCGAGCGCGCUGCCAUUGACGGCCAACAGAGCUACCUAGUUGAGCAGUUGCACACCUCGAUGAAACACACAUACGAGGCUGGGGACUACGACAAACCUACUCUCCGCGCCGUCCUCUUGCAAUGCGUGUUUCCAGCGUAUCUCGAAGCAACGCUUCCCAACCGCGCUGCCUGGAUUCUCAGCCGUCCCAUCAUUCAAACCAUCACACUGGAGUUCAAAACCCUGCUGUGUAACAUAGACACUCUGGAUCCAGCCUGUGUGUCUUCUGUGAUAGAUAUCAUUGAUGUUGUGUGCCGAGCCUCCUGUCAAGCACUGGGUGUGGUCGCCUUCCGUCGCCAUCGUCUGCAAAGUCCUACAACCUUAGUCAUGCUUGCCGCCUUCCUAGACAUGAUCUCCUCAGCGCUACCAGUGGUAGAUUACAUCGAUCGAGUCACUGGUGCAGGGGAGGGUAUUCUGACACACAUCGAGUGGAUCCGCGAUUUCGCCAAAGCCGUGGGUAGAUGUCUACAGAGCACAGAUCCAGACAUAGACUUGUCGUCGAGCAGUGCCCGUGUCAUAUUCCCUUCUACGCCGCCGUCAUGCGACAGCAGGAAAACGGAAUUCUUUAGUACGGCGAACAACCUCGCUUCGAAUGAUCUCCAGCUCUAUCUCAGAAAAUGGUCUUGUCAUCAGGAUAAGUACUACUUUACUCGUCCCGGUCAUGAGUUACAGGAGAUCAAGGUCGAGCCUGAGAUUGCUGUUCUAGUGGCUAGUCAGAGUGAAGCGCAGAAGGUUUUCGAAGAUGCGGCGAGAGGUUUCGUUGAUCGUGCGACGGUUCUGGAGUUAUUGUCUUGA